AUGCUUGUCGUCCAAUCAGCUGUUCCAGUAGACGUUCAGGAGUAUAAUCUGACUCACCUGCUUCCUGCGACAGAGUACCACGUCUGCCUCACCGUCUCCUCCUCUCUUCCCUCCCCCUCCUCGUCUCCCAGCUCUUCCCCCACCCCCAUCUCUCCCUCCCCCUCCUCCCCCGUCCACACCUCGUGCUUGAACGUCACCACUAAGGAGGCGGGUUUCUCGGUGGAGCUGGUGGCGUCGCGGCGCAGCAGCGUGGCGUUGGCGGCGGUCAUGGGCUCCAUGUUCGCCCUGUCCAUCAUGGUGCUGCUGGUGGUCUACAUGGGGCGCCGCGUGCAGCAGCACAAGUCCUGCGGCCACUCGCUGAAGAAGUACAUGCAGCACGCCAUGUCCAUCCCUCUGAACGAGCUGUACCCGCCGCUCAUCACGCUGUGGGAGAGCGAGGCCGAGAAGGACAAAGACGACAAGGAGGAGGAGGAGAGGGAGCUGGAGGUUCUGUAG